AUGUUUAAUAAAAUAAAGUUAUUAUUUUCUAGAGCAAAAUUAUCACCUGAGGAAGCGGAAUUCAAAAAUGAAGGCGUCCCUCCACCUCCUCAACCUCAGCCAUCUACAGGCCAGGGUGAAAAGAAAAGUAAAGAUGGGCCACAGAAAGCUGAGGCCGGUAAGAAUGGAGGACCAGCACCAGAGCAACAAGAUACAGUUCCAAAAAAAUCACCUGAGCCUUCAACACCUGAAAAAUCGACUGAACCAGCUAAGACAACUCAAAAGGAACAGGGUCAGCUCAGUGAUGGGAAAGAAAAUGCCAACACACAGAAGGAACCACCUCAAGUUUUCCAAAAAAAUGAGUAUGCCGAUGGCCAGCUUCAAGAGAUCGUCAGAAAAAUGCGGGAAAGGACAACAGUCUACAAAGAAAAGCUGAAAGAUCCACUGCUGUCCUCGCCUGAAGGCAGUCCAACAGCUUCACCAUCAAAAAGGAAGCCUCCACCCCCACCAAAAGAAGAAAAAAAAGAAGAAAAGAAAGAGGAAGCAGAAGCAAAGCCAGAGGAGGAUCAUUACUGUGACAUGCUGUGCUGUAAAUUCAAAAAACCUCCACUGAAAAAAUGCAUGGCAUAUCUGCAGCUACCAGACAGCAUAGACUCAUACACAGACCGUCGUUAUGUAGCAUGGCUCAUGCUUGUAACAGUCGCCUAUAACUGGAACUGCUGGUUUAUUCCCCUGCGCUUUGUGUUUCCAUAUCAAACCCCAAGUAAUAUAAUAUAUUGGGUUGCCAUAGACAUCAUCUGCGAUAUCUGCUACGUUUGUGACCUGCUGGUUUUCCAGCCUCGAGUACAAUUUUUGAAAGGUGGAGAUAUAAUAUCAGACAAAGUGGAAAUGAAGAAAUUCUAUCACAGCUCCAUGAGGUUUCGGCUUGAUGUGAUAUCAGUAUUGCCGUUUGAAGUUUUAUACUUCUUCUUUGGAUUUAACCCAGCAUUUAGAGCAAAUAGGAUACUAAAGCAUAACACAUUCUUUGAAUUUAACGAUCGGUUGGAAGCUAUCCUGGAUAAAGCAUACAUCUACAGGGUCAUUCGAACAACUGGAUACUUGCUGUUUAUCUUGCACAUUAAUGCAUGCCUGUAUUACUGGGCUUCGGACUAUGAAGGACUUGGCAGCACUAGAUGGGUGUACGAUGGAGAAGGAAACAUGUAUCUGAGGUGUUACUACUGGGCAGUUCGUACCUUAAUCACCAUCGGUGGCCUUCCAGAACCACAAACCCUCUUUGAGAUAGUUUUUCAACUGCUGAAUUUUUUCUUGGGCGUCUUUGUCUUCUCCAGCUUAAUUGGUCAGAUGCGAGAUGUAAUCGGAGCAGCUACAGCAGGACAGAACUACUACCGCUCUUGUAUGGACAACACGGUCUCCUACAUGAACACUUACUCAAUUCCAAAAGUGGUUCAAAAUCGUGUUCGAACUUGGUAUGAAUAUACGUGGGACUCUCAAGGAAUGCUGGAUGAAUCGGAAUUGUUGGAGCAGAUGCCAACCAAAAUGCAGCUAGACAUUGCAAUUGAUGUGAACUUUGCCAUUGUCAAUAAAGUGGACUUAUUCAAAGGGUGUGAUACUCAGAUGAUAUAUGACAUACUGCUACGGUUGAAAUCCAUUGUGUAUUUACCUGGCGACUUUGUCUGCAAAAAGGGAGAGAUUGGCAGAGAGAUGUACAUCAUCAAACAAGGCGAAGUUCAAGUUCUUGGAGGCCCUGAUGGUACAAAAGUCCUGGUUACACUAAGAGCAGGAGCUGUAUUUGGAGAGAUCAGCCUCUUAGCAGCAGGUGGAGGAAAUCGGAGGACUGCCAACGUGGUGGCUCACGGUUUUGCCAACCUUUUCAUUUUAGACAAGAAGACCCUCAAUGAAAUCUUGGUGCACUAUCCUGACUCAGAAAAGAUUCUGAUGAAGAAAGCAAAGGUGCUGCUGAAGGAGAAGGGGAAAACUGCUCCUCCACCGCCACAGCCCCGGGGCUUGGCCAGUCUGUUUGGGCAGAGACCUGAAACUCCAAAAUUGUUCAAGGCAAUGCUCGGAGGUAAAGGAAAAACAGGCCUCGCUACGCUGCUGAAGCUGAAGAGAGAACAAGAAGUUCAGCUGACUCAAGCACAGAAUGAGAAGAAACCUGAACAAGAGGAUAAGAGACCUCUGGAGCCUGUUGCGUCAUCUACACCCCCUGCACAAGAGGAAAAGCCGAAUGCAGACACUAAGCCUACACCAAGCGCAGUUAUGCACAGGGGAAUCGCUAACAAGUCUCUAAUCAUUAGUAUGUCUCCUUCCCCCAUAGCAGGAGAAGGAGAGAUCCUUAAAGUUGAAGUUGAAGAGAAGAAAGAGGAAUAGAUGGGUGCUUUGGGCUGACACCUUAUCUAAUGUCUUGCUGAAAUCAGAGGACUAGCAUAACCUUGCUUUCAGGUACAAAAGAUAAAAGUAGAGACUGCUCAAGUGAUAAUCUACCCCAGCUCCUUUUCUUCUCUCCCUCCUCUCCCAAGA